CUCUAAUAAUGUACAAAAAGACAACAACAUUAACAAAAAUACCCUCUAGCCGGAAUCCAUGUCGCCGACCGCGGGACUAAAUUCUCCGCUCCUGCCGGAUUCUCCAGUGAAGCGAGCAUCGGUAUCUGGUGCUGUAUUCAACGUUUCAACAAGCAUAAUUGGAGCAGGAAUUAUGUCAAUACCUGCAACAAUCAAGGUGCUUGGUGUGAUACCAGCUUUUGUGUUGAUUGUGGGUAUUGGUUGGUUAGCUGAGAUUUCUGUGGAGUUUCUCAUGAGGUUUACACAUUCUGGGGAAUCAAGGACUUAUGCUGGUGUCAUGAGGGAAUCAUAUGGGAAGGCUGGGUCACUGCUUGUGCAGAUUUGUGUGAUGAUCACCAAUUUUGGGUGUUUGAUCAUUUAUUUGAUCAUUAUUGGAGAUGUUCUCUCAGGAAAUCAACCUGAAGGAUCUCAACAUUUUGGUGUUUUGCAAGAAUGGUUUGGCGCUCACUGGUGGAAUACGCGACCUGUUGCGCUCCUUUUCAUUGUUAUCUUCAUUAUGCUCCCAUUAGUCUUGUUCCGGCGAGUGGAAUCAUUAAGGUUCAGUUCAGCCAUAUCAGUUCUCCUUGCCGUGGUGUUUGUGGGUAUAUGUUCAGUGAUGGCAAUCUCCGCGCUCUUUGAAGGGAAAACAAAGACUCCGCGACUGCUACCACAAUUGAACGGCAGUGCCUCCUUCUUUGAUCUUUUCACUGCUGUCCCAGUCAUUGUAACAGCUUUUACAUUUCAUUUCAAUGUUCAUCCAAUUGGUUUCGAGCUCAGCAAGACUUCUGAUAUGACUACAGCAGUCAGAAUUUCAGUCAUACUUUGCGCUGCCAUCUACUUCUCCAUCGGUGUUUUCGGGUACCUUUUGUUUGGGGAGUCGAUCCUGUCCGAUAUACUCGUGAAUUUCGACAGAAGUUCUGAUACAACAAGUGGUGCAUUCCUCAAUGACAUGGUUAGGUUGAGCUAUGCACUUCACCUUGUAUUGGUGUUCCCUCUGUUGAACUUCUCUUUAAGAGCAAAUAUAGAUGAACUCAUUUUCCCUAAGAAACCUCUCUUGGCAAGGGAUAAUAAGAGAUUCUUGUCCCUCACACUCAUCCUUCUAGUCUUGUCUUACAUAGCAGCAAUCGAAAUCCCAGAUAUUUGGUACUUCUUCCAGUUCAUGGGAUCAACUUCUGCAGUCUGCCUCGCCUUCAUCUUUCCGGGCGCUAUAGUUCUGAGGGAUGUUCAUCGCAUAUCGACAGCGAACGACAGAAUUACCGGAGCAGUAAUGAUAAUUCUGGCUGUAGUAACAAGCAUAAUUGCCAUUUUCACCAAUAUAUAUAGCCUAUUCACAAGCAAGUCAUAAUAUUUUUCAGGUUUUUCUAUGAUUCUACUCGUUUGUAGUCCAUAUGUGUAUCAUUUUUGUGCAGUGUUGGGAUUAGUUAUCUGUACUCUUAUUAUAGCAUAAGAGCAAGUUUGUGUGUAUUACACCCGAACCAUUAGUUGGAGUAGUAAGGAUAGUGUGUAUCACCUUGAUGACCAGGAUUCGAUUCUCCCUCCCCAUUUUAAAAAAGAAAAGAAGAAAAAGUCGUGUGUAUUUGGUACCCACAAGU